AUGUUUGGCUGUGCUCAAACAAGCGCCAACGGGAACAUACUUGUCAAAGUUGUGGCAGGCUUUCCGUCGAUUGAUGGAGGUCGCUCGGAACCCAAGCUCGCUCAAUCUUAUACUCCUGUACAUCGGAAUAAAAGUAGACAGCCUUGCAUUAAAGAAAUACCCGGUGGCUCACGUUUAUCUCCAAGGUUCUCAUGCAACCUGCCGAUGGCAGGAGUGCAUGUUGCUGACGAAGCAGUGGUAGGUGGUCCAACUUCGCGCUCCCAGCCCUCUGCUCAGCUGCUCAUGGCAUCCAUGAAAUGCAACAUGGGUCCUACCGGUAAAGAUCUAAAGCGAACGACGUCAGAGGAGAGGCUUCCUCUCGCGAUUGUCGGCAUACGAGGACGGUGGGCCGCCUUACCCGGGAGACGGUCCUCUUCCCUCAUGCCACUCAUGCACCAGAGGUCUCGGCGGGGAAGCACGACUCUCCAGAACCAUGGCGUUUUGUAUGACACUGGCGGUAUCUAG